GGUCAACGAAACACCAACGAAACACCAAGAUAUAAAAUGGAAGCAGCGAUGCUCGCGCUGAUGUGCUGGUAUCCGGCCAGCUGAGACGCCAUCAAUGCCGCCAUGUCAUGUGCAGCAGCGCCGGAAGAGGCUGCCUUGAUAAACCGACAGAUCAGCCAGCCAGACAGACAGACAGACAGACAAACAGAUGAGAUGAACAAGGGUACACACUCAUUGGCUCACCAUUCGCCUAGCUCGCUGGAAUUUCUGCACUGAAACGCCGCCUUGGGUCCGGUUGCUGCGUCGAAUGCAACGAUAAGGCUGAUCGAUGGACAACACACACAACGCAUAACACACAACACACACCACCACAACAGGCAUCAAUACACAUGGAGAGGCACACGCCCCUAUUCUCCCCACCUCUCCGUGCUUACUCCUCGUGCAGGCAUUUGUUGAAGUCCAUGGUAUGCCCCAAUCCCGUGUUGUCAUGCCAGAUGACCAGGGCGUUCGUGAGGUUCUUGAAUCUUGGGCGGAUCGCGACACGAGUGCUCGGGUACUCCAGCUGGAUGGUCGUGGCCUUCCCGCAUGGGACACACCCACAGCACUGCUCCCACAGCUGGACCUUGCCCUCGCUGACAACGACCUGGUGCCAGAUGGGCCGUGCGGGCCAGUAGCAGCGGGUCUCUCGCUUCUUGAGCGCGCCCUUCCGGCUCACGCGCCGGAUUGGCGGCAUGGCUGGAUGCGGAGUGGGGAGCUGCAGGCACAGCCAGACAAAGAGACAGCCAGAUCAGAAUAUUCUCGAUCCGUCGGCUUACCAUUCGCCGAGCUGUGCGGAGUCCUUGCAU